AAUUUCCCGAGAAUUCCAUUCAUUGUUUACAGUUUAGUCGCAGAUAUGGCUGAAAGCACUGAAAUGGAUUACAAAUCUCUCCCAAAAAUUGAGCUUCAUGCUCACCUGAACGGAAGCUUGAGCACUUCGUGUCUCACUGAGUUGUAUCACAUGAAAUAUCCUAACACAGAUGACCCCCCAAGCCACAUAAACGGGUAUAAGAUACUGGAUAAAUUCAUUGAACUCAAAGACUGCUUUGAGAGGUUCAAGUAUGCCCACGACUUGACAGACACCCCAAAAAGAUUGAAAAGAGCCACCGAGAUCAUCAUCAAUGAAUGCCACGAUGAUGGUGUGGUUUACCUGGAAAUCCGCACAACUCCUCGUGCCACGGAGCACAUGACAAAGGAAGUGUACCUGAGUACAAUUUGCGAAGCAAUAAUUGAAUGUCACGAAAAGGAACCAAAAAAUCCAAUAGUUAAGCUCAUCCCGUCAUUUGAUCGUUCCAAAGGCGUUAAUGAUGCCCGGGAUACCCUCGAUGUUGUCCUGAAUGUGCGUGAAAAGUUCCCGGGAAUGAUUGUUGGCAUUGAUUUGAGCGGAAAUCCGGAAAACACAAACUUCCCGGACUUUAAGCCACUCCUCCAGGAAGCCAGAAAUGCUGGGCUAAAGCUCACUCUUCAUUGCGCUGAGACGGCCGGGACUGAGGAGGAGAACAUGGAGAUGCUUGAAUUUGGAAUGGAUCGCAUGGGGCAUGGAACAUUCAUGGAUGAAUCCCCGGACACAUGGCUGACGCUGCGUGAGAAGAAAAUUCCCGUUGAAUGCUGCAUCACCAGCAACCUCAAAUGCGCCACCGUUCCGGACAUCACAAAGCAUCACAUGCAGAAGCUACUGCAUGCCGAACAUCCCGUUGUUAUUUGCACGGAUGACUACGGGGUUUUCGACACCUCCCUCAGCAAAGAAAUCCAACUGUGUGCCAAGACCUUCAAUUUGUCGCGUGAAACCAUCCAAGAGAUCAGCUUAAACAGCGUCCGGUUUUCUUUUGCAAGCACCACCGAGAAAACUCGCCUCGAAGCCCUCAUUCGUGAUUUCUUCACACAAUCUGGCUAAAUUACAUUUUUGCAUUCAUUUUUUUUUCAUUGUAUUAUAAAUUACACGAUUUUAUUCACUUUUACAUUAUGCCAUGAAGGAAAGAAAAUCUCAGGGAAAACAUCAACAUACCAUUUUCCACAUAAUUCUUUUUUUUUACGAAUAAUAAUUAAUAGAAAAUAAAGCUUUUCCUACAUAGUAAA